AUGUCCUCAAUUUGUAUCAAGCGGUCUGGAUCUGACAAUUUGGAAGCGCCUCCAGCAAAAAAGUCGCUCGUAAUCAAAUUUCCGGUCGCACAUAUGAGGCUCGUGGAUGCAGUCGAUAUAGCAGCCAGAUACAACGAAACUUUGUUUGCCAAGCAUAGCCAGGAAGAAUCUCGGAGAGCUCGCGUGACUAUCGCGUCUGCUUUUGUCACCAAAUAUAAAAAGUUGGAUAAGGUGAUUGAAGCUCAAGACUUGGUCAUUGAACAGUCGAAAGCCGUGAUUGCUACGCUGGACCGUUUGAUUCAAAAAUUUGACGCUCUUCCUUCUACGAGAAUUGGGGAGCUUCGUGAGAGUUUGGAGGAAAUGGUUCCACGAAGAGCUAUAGAAACAGUCGCAACUAUUCAACAGUUGUUCAACGCAGUCAAUAUGGAUGAGCAAAGUGCCCAGAAGCAGAUUAUAAAGAAUGCCGAAAAGACAAGAGUGGUCGCUAAUGCAGCUAAGAUGAUGCUAGCGGAUCGCAAGAAGCGUUACUUGUUUCCUUAUUUCGUUACGUCUAUUGCCUCAAGGGGAUGUGGUGUAGAAAUCGGCAAAUAUACUGGUCUUGCAGCAACUCAACGAACCAUGCAAACUUGGGCUGCAAAGUUUGCAAUGGAGGAGAUGUUUAGGGUCGGUAAGAUUGGUCGCUGGUGGGAGGCUGAUACCGCCGAAGUAGCUGGAGUAAUGGCGAUAGACAUUGGUUCUCUUUUCUAG